UCGAAGGGGUUAAAGUGGAAGGCUUACACAAACUUUGCCUCUCCGCUUCUCCCUUAUCUCCUCCCUCUCUGGCUCUGCUCUCCGCCCGCCCGGCUAAGGCAGAGCAGAGCUGAAUCACACUACCUUUCCCCGCAUCCUCUAAACUGUUGCCUGCGAAAGAGGGACCGGGGACUGAACUGUUCAGACUGCUUCCAUUCAAGGGUUCCGGACGGUAUAUACGCAUCCAAGCAGACACUUCUCUUGGCUCUUUUGGAGUUUAAAAGGCGCAGGCAUCCGACACUGCGGCUAUUUGCCAGAGAUGUUCCCGAACAAGUUGCCUGGCGGUGCAAGCUUCAAAAGGGAUACUUAAAUGGCCAGCCCCAUUUCGUCCCGAAAGCCAGGAAAGGAAUAUAAAUCUGUUGAAGAAUCUUAAGAGUCAAAUCUUCUGAGCCUAGACAUACUGCUGUCAGCAUCUCUUGAGACCUCCUCCUUCUGAGAAUUCCCAGGUCUGACCACACUUUCCCUCCAGCCUACAGUGAGGGACGUCAACACACAUCCUCUAGACUUCCAGCCCUCGAGCUGUGGCAGCUGGGGCAGGAAUCUUACAAGCUCCAUCCUUAGGGGAGAUUCAGAAAGACAAGAAGGGUGAAAAGUCAGAUAUGCUGAGUCUGAAACAUACAAAAGCCUUUAGAACGGCUCCUCACAGAAGAACCCAAGUAAAUCCACAUAAUUAGUGCACAUAUUUAGAUGAGCUUUACAUAAAACAGAAAGCCUUUCUCCCUCUAUCAAAACAGAGUAAAAAGUCUGAUUUAAUACUCAGAGAUUCUUGUCCCCAUGCCAGUAUUAUAAAGCAGUUUCGCCGCAUUUGUUUCAAUCUGUGUAAGAGUAGGACUGUGGAAAAUAAAAGACUUAUUUGUAUAUUAUUUUUUUUUUAAUGAUUAAGAAUUUCCGAUGAAACCUGUGUAAGAGAGGGGUGCUGUGCUGGAGGACAGAGCGUGGCAAUUGCCAAAUUAGAACAUCACCAUUUUCUUGCCUGUGCGCUACUGACGGGGUCCGGGUCGUGAUUGCUUUGCAUGAGAUUGUUAGAACACCUCCAGGAUACUCAGAGACAGUCUAUGUGGCUGUGGAAUGCCUCGAGGGCAAUAGAAAGCAAAUAGGAGCAGGUACCGACUGAAGUCUGAAGUCUUGAGUGAUGACGGAGGUGCAUUUCAAGUACCAUGGAAAUCUCACUGGCCGCGCCCAUUUCCCCACCCUGGCAACAGAGGUUGAUAACACUUCCGAUAAGUAUUCCAACCUCUACAUGUAUGUGGGCUUAUUCCUGAGCCUCCUAGCCAUUCUCCUCAUCCUGCUCUUCACCAUGCUCCUUCGGCUCAAACAUGUCAUCUCACCCAUCACUUCCGAGAGCACAGAAAGCGUUCCUCAAUUCACAGAUGUAGAGAUGCAGAGUCGGAUCCCCACUCCUUAAAGCCGGGAUGAAUAUGAGCUUUAGUGGAUCUCAGUGAACCCUUCUAUGGUGAUGUCCAGGAAAGUUUCUUUUGUUGCAUGUGGCUUCCCAUGGAGGGAAUCAACAAGUUGUUUAUUUUAUUUAACAAGCUGUUCAUGUAUUUUGUGUGUGUGUGUGUGUGUUCUUCUUGAUCUUGAUUCUGUUUGUGGGCUAUCUAAGAGGCUUAAGACUCACUCUUUGCCAGAAAUAAAGGAAAUGGCAGCUGGUUGGGAGGGCAGGUUUCCAUAGUAACCAAAGAGAGCCUGGGCCGUGAGCAAACCUCAGACCACAGAAAUUCAUAUGCAGCUAUUGUAAAAUUCACAGGAUCCCUGGAAGCUCCAAGAACAAGAAAAAUCUGCUCUCGAAGGGGCUGAUUGUUCAAAGAGGGUUCCCCCCCCAGUAAGGGACAAGUUUUAAUUUAGCACUUACCCUAAAGAGUCGCCUCUGCUGACAUGAAGGUAAAUCAUGUCAGAGGUUAAUGGAAAGGACCACAAACCCUUUCCCAAAGGAGCUGUGAUUUUAUCAUCUAAGGUCAAAGGGUUUGUCCCAAACGAAAGAAGAAAUUUAAAGAAACUGUCUCAGUUUAAAGAGCAAGUGCGCAGAAAGUAGUUUCUAGUCAGCAAAUUCACCUACAGAGGGGAAAUGUGCAUUUUAUAUCUGUGUUAUUACUAUUACUGGACUCUUAAAAACUCAGAUAAUGGCAGAUGUAUUACAAAACUUCAGAAUGAUGAGCUUCUCCCAAACCAAGGGAAGAUUGAGUCAAAAUGUGCUCAUGACAAUGAAUCUUGCAUUAUACGUGCAAAUUCUUUACCUUUUUCUCCCUCCCCAUCACGCUCCUGAAGAGUUGCACACAAACAUGAGCUUUGUUUAAAGAUGGCCUUGGCAAAAGAGACUCAGCUAUCCUUUUAAAGCAGGAAGGAAAUAAUCUUGGUAUUCUGUCAUUGAAUGAUUGUGGCUUUGGACAAACCAUUCAAGCUUCUGGGUGCCAGCUUUUUCUUUCUGAAAAACGAUCAGAGAGCUAUUUAGUUAUCACUGGACUCCUUUUAGAUCUGAGGGUAAGAAAAAGACAAGGGAGGAAAGGAGUAAACACCACCCCCCUACAAAUCCUUAUUAAGAUCAAUGUCCUCAACUGUCACAUUUGUCUUUCCCAGAAAAUGUGUUUCCCUUCCUGAUCCCUGCCAAAAGAUGACGUGGUUCGCUUAUUACCUAUGAGAGAAAUAUAUUUUUAAAAAUCCCAUUCUCAUAAGUAGCCUGGUAUGCCAGGAGUGAGGGAAGAAUUUGAUUUUUGGCAAAAUGAACGUUCCCAAAGGGAACCCGGAGGAGGUGAGUACUGUUCACAAAUCACAAAUUAGAAGGCCGGUCAUAUACUUGACACCCAAAAGCUAAUACACGUGUGUUAAAUUCUACCUGCUCAAAAACAAACAAACAAAAGUCUACCUGCUUCAAAAAAAAUCGGUUCUCACUUGCACCUAAAAGAUGGUCACCACAUUUCACAGGAUGCUGCCUCGGGAACUGCAGUGGUGGGAAGAGAAAUGGUAUGGAUGUUAGGUUAACGCCAUCUCUACCAGGCAUGCAGCUGUCACUAAUCUGUUACCAAUUUAGAUUGGCCCCUUUGAUCUAAAUCUAGCCUGGUGGUGAAAUUCCCAAGUGCUUUCUACUUUUAUACACAGUCAUUUGCCAAUACUCCUCUCUCCAAGGGGCUGCAAGGUGUGUGGAAUCCCCACACGCAGAGCUAAACUUGGCAGCAAAGGCUGACUCUGGCGCACCUGAUACAACAGCGGAUCGUAAGAGACAGCAGGUGCAUUCUGCACCAUUCAGAAGAGAUGAGCAGGUAGGCUCAGACUCAGGGCGUACACUUCCCUCUGGGCCUUUUAUUUUCCAAAACGCAUGGUGACUUUUAUGUUAUUGCGUCUGGUGGUUCGAGUUGUGUCUUUAUUCAACACCCGGACUCCAUGUCCUCUGUAAGGUUUUGGUUCUUUGGCAGCCUUACACGCACGCACUUCAUCGAAGGCUGGCAGCAUACCCCACAACUUCUUAAGGACACACAUAGCCCCUCGCUCCAGGCACCCCCUUUUGUGCUCACAGUAUUUGAAUGCACUUUACAGUUAAGAAGUCCGUGGCUGGAUACAUGAAAGAACCGAUUUUGCUUUCGACAGCGAUGAAUAGCGAGAUUACCCAGUGCCUUGUUGCCAGAUUUGAUGAACAGACAGACUACGCAUCUAUUCCUGCCCACCUGACCUCCCCAGCCCGCAUGUCCAGAGUUUAACACCUCUUCUUUAGUCACUGGCUUGGAGCGAGAGUCCUGAUUUAUGAUUAGGUGACUCACCUGGAAAACAAGCACCCUCUUUCAUCACAACUACCCCAUGGGAUCCAGAUCUUUACUGAGCAUUAACCAAAGCACACAGCACAGUUGCACUAAAAUAGCAGCAUGACCCCCCCCCCCCACCGCCACAAGUUCCAGUGAUGACACAAAUGGAGAUGCAUUUAAGCAGACGUGUUGUUGUGGUGACUCACAUGGUAUUUAAUCUUUAGAAAAAUAAACUGAAGGUUUUCAUCGUAGCAAACUGACUAUAAAGAAAAGAAUUUUUCCAUUUCUAUUAAAUUAUAUUCUCUCCCUCAGUAUAUUAAUUAACGUAUAUUACUGCUCAAAGAGUCAGCUAGAGCACUCCAUGGGCAUCAUUUGAAUUUAUCCAUCUAUCCACAAUGCUGACUUGGCAAUUCCUUCCCCCUUCCCCACUCUCCAAAAACUGCACGGUAGCCUAAAUGUAUAUAAGCAGGUUAUUUCUAUGUAGAUGUACUCUGUUCUAAGAUGAAAGACUGAUGCUUCAUUUAUUAUUUAUUUAUUCAUUAUUUAUUAUUAUUACUUAUUAUUAUGCUGACCCAUAUGAAAUUGCCAUUUCCAUAUGUCAAAAAGUGUUCGGAUAUCAGCCAUUUCAUGUAACUCAACCUAAUAAAAAGACUCAUGACAUGAAUUCUCUAAAUGGUAACCUCUCCUAAUAUAUUUAAAAAUAAUUGGGGCGCCUGGGUGGCUCAGUCCGUUAAGCAUCCGACUUCGGCUCAGGUCAUGAUCUCGUGGCCCGUGAGUUCGAGCCCCGCGUCAGGCUCUGUGCUGACAGCUCAGAGCCUGGAGCCUGUUUCAGAUUCUGUGUCUCCCUCUCUCUC